AUGGAAAUAUUGAACUUGGAUAAUAUAGAAUAAUUAGCUGAACAAGAUCUUGAUAAAUAUGUUAAACUUCGAUUUGAUCAAAGGAAUUAUCUCACAUGCUAAGAAGUUUCAAUGAUCUUUUUAUAAAUUCUUAAUGCUCUAGAGUACAUUCAUGAUAAAAGCUUCAUUCAUAGAGAUAUCUCUCCUUAAAAUAUCCUUGUUUUCGAAGAUUUAAGUAUCAAGAUUUGUGAUUUUGGAUUCGCAUCUCACGGCUAAUAUACACAAGCAAAUGUAGGAAAAUAAGAAUAUAUCGCUCCUGAAGUUUCUCAUUUUGAAGGCAAAAACUAUAACAAUUCUAUUGAUAUAUGGUCCCUGGGAAUAUUGCUUUAUUACCUUUGUAGCGGAUAAACAAAAAGCAAAGGAAUAUAUGUUAAUGAUCUAGCUAAAGAAAAAAAACAUAUUGACUUGCCUGAAAAAUAUUCAUAAUUUCAGGUGAUCUUUGAUUAGAUGCUAGAUUUUGAACCUGAAAAUAGACCAACAGCCACUAAAGUUAAAGAUGACAUCAUGAAACUUAUAGAUUAGGGUGAUUUGGCCUUUUAAUAAUACUAAUAAGAGCUAUAGGCUUACUAACUGAAAAAUCAAGAAAUAAAAAUUAUAAAAUAAGAGGAGGAACUAGAAAAAUAACUUUAAAAAUAUUUCAACAAAGAUAGUAUUUAAUGCAAUAAGGCUUCAUAAAUUUCUAUGUAAAACAUAUAUUAAUCGUUAGAGAAAUAAGCAAGUAUGGUUAGAUCACACUUAGAAAUAAAUGAUUACAAAAAGUUUUACUUGAAAGAGGAAGAAAAGGAAUUCAAAAGUUCAAUCUUCCAUUAAAUCCAAAAUAUUAGUAUGAGUACAAACCCAAAUAUUAAACCAAAAAUUACUCUAAAAAAUGUUAUGAACACUUAAAUAACAAAAUUGAAAAAAAAGAAAAAGUUUUUUUCAAACGAAAACCUGAAAACUAAUAUUUUAGUUGGUUUCUCAAUGCUUUUGGUAAUUUUAUCCUCCUGUGUUAAUCCUUACUUAACUAGCAGAUCCCCUGUGAUAGUAAAUGAUUAAAGAUCCGAUAAAGAAAUAGACAUUUUUAACUUGACAAUAAAAUCGUAGAGUGUUAAUGUUAGUAGCAUAAUAGAAAAAAUUGGAGAGUUUAAUUACGGAUCUAUUGAUAAAAUUCAUCCGAAUGCAAAUAGGAUCUUCGAAAAUUUAAUUUAAAAUGAAGAUUUAAGUAUAUAUCAAGGUGAAUACGAUAAUUAAACUAAGAAAAGAGAUGGAAGAGGAAGAUAUAUUUACAGUAAUGGGGAUAUUUAUGAUGGAUUAUGGAAGAACAAUUUAAGAGAUGGAUACGGGAGACUUUUAUAGAAUGAUAGAAACUACUACAUUGGUGAGUGGAAAGAUGACAAAUUUCAUGGAUUUGGAAAAUAUUAUCACAAUAAUUGGUGA